UUUUUUUUUUUCUUCACUUAUACCUAUAAUAAUACAACCCUGGAUCUCGGUCCCGAACCCGACUAUUCGAUUGUGGCACCGGGCGGAAGAGCAAUUCCCGGUUCACGAUCGAAACAGGCAACUGCUACAAGUGCUAUUUCCCCUAAAAGAUGUCACGACGCCUUCGACUUUGCGAUACGUAGCGCCAUUCCCGACCGACCCUACUACCUUAGCGACCACGUCCGAUCAUUUGACAAGCCGCGUUCCUCCCGACUACACUCCCGUUUACUAUCUGCACAAUGAGCGGCCAAAUGACCAGGGCCGAACGAUUCGAGGACGAGAAGCGGAGAAUCAUCGAGAGUUGCUUCAACAAGAGAGAUGAGGACGGCUCCACUAUCGAAACCUACAUCACCCAUAUCCGCAUCACCGAGUUCUCGACACACCCGACCUCGCCCCCGCCGCCCCAGGCACGAACCCCUAAUACCGAAAAGCCUCGCAUCAUCAUCGUCGCCGUGCGCAAGUCCGGCCGCGUGCGCCUACACAAGUCCAAGGAGAACCCCAAUGGCACCUUUUCCAUCGGCAAGACAUGGUUCCUCGACGACCUCUCCGACAUCGAGUCCUUCACCAGCCCGACCGCCAGCCCCAACUUCCGUGAGUGGGCCGGCGAUGUGGGCUUCAUCGUCACCCUGGGGAAGCCCUACUACUGGCAGGCCCAGACCGACAAGGAGAAGAAGUUCUUCAUUGCCAGUCUGAUCAAGAUCUUCGGCAAGUAUACUGGCGGCCGCGUGCCGAGACUGAUAGGCUUCGACCAGCGCGAACUUGACCAAGUGUUGGGUGGUGCCCAGGCGCCGAGGCGACCAGCAGAUAGGGGCCCGCCUUCGAGAUCCGGCACCCAGAUCGACCAGCAAGGGGCUACCCCUCCUCUUUCGAGGUCGGCCACGUUCGAUAAACCACCCUCGCGAUCGGGGCCCUUGGACAACCCUCCCUCGAGAUCCGCUACCUUUGAUCUUCCUCCUUCGCGAUCCGGCAUCUUGGACCCUGCUCUUAGUAGCGGCAAUGUCUCCGCGACAUCUGGAUAUGGCUCCUUCCCACCUCCACUCGCCGGACCACCGCCCUCCGCGCCUCCCCCUGGACCUCCUCCCAGCCGCCCGGUUCCCGAAAGAAUGCCUUCCCGCACCAACUUGGCUCCCAACAGCAAAGACAGGGGACCGUCGCCAUCCAGGAGCAUUGAGUCAAGCAAUGUGAGGUCGCAGGAGCAACUACCGCUGCGGAGGAUGAACUCCAACCAGAGUCAGGAUUCAAGGGCACCUUCGUUGGCGACAAGAACCGAGGAUAGCUCUAGUCUCCGUCCCGGAUCUAGAGCUGGUACUGGAGACUCCAAAGUUACCACUCCUGAACCCGCCACGGCCCCGACACCUUCUGUACCGGCUGAGGCUCCGGCGAGGAAGCGACCACCCAUGGAUCCUCUACGCCCAUUGCAGCUUGACAGCGGUCUGGUUCCAGCACCGUUGAUGAGUCCUGCUCUACGUAGUCCUGGUUUACGUGGACGGGGAGACCCGGUCCUGCCUCCUCCGCGAAGUGUGGACCGUAUGAUGCCUCGCAAGAACUCCAUACUCACCCAAAACGAGCCGCAGCGGGCGCCAUCCCCUGCCCCACCUGUGGCCGACCAAGUAGUUACACCCAUUGAACCCAGGAAAAUUGAGCUCCCCGUGAGCGUGGCUCCUAGUCCCACUGUGAGCACGCCUAGCGCUUCGAUCAAGUCACCCAUCUCUGACGCCGUGACCGACUCCCCGCGAACGGACGAGGAGAGCCGACCGGGUCUCGGACCCAUGAUCAAAUCCAAAAAGUCCAGGGGACAGAUUGCGGGCGCUAUCUGGAAGGCGGCAACGGCAGCGUCUGCCUUUAAGCCGAGGCCUGGCGGUGCAGCUGACCGUCUACGAAACUUGACCAAAAAUCCCGAAGGGCCAGACGGCAUCACUAGUGUCGUCCCGGCACCUCCCAAGCCAACUCCCCCGCAAAAACAGGAACAAGCGGCCCCUGGUGGUCAGGCAAAGCCAGCUGAUGGGAAGGCUGGAGUUCCCGAGGUGAAGGUGACAGAUUCCAAGGGCAAGGCGGAGGAUGCGCCCAAGGACAAGAAGAAGGACGAACCGCUUGAGCCCGAGGAACCGCGGCGGGCGAUUGUUGCUGGCAACGAUAUCAAGUACCUCACCUCACUCGGCAUUGACCCUUCUAUCCUCGAUACCAAAACGACCGAGUUUGCCAAAUGGCUGGACUACUUUGGCUGGGUGCCCGGUAAGCAGAUGCGGUCUCGCAACUUUGACGAGAUGAGGAUCGAUGUCGACCGCGAGCUUAGCAAGGCCCAGGCGGGCGGCUGGUUGGCGCGCUUCCAGGAGGAGGAUGAGAGGGUGGAUGCUAUCAAGAAGGGCAUCGACGUGGCGCUUGCCGAGUGUGACGAGCUUGAUAACUUGCUUACACUAUACAGCGUCGAGCUAUCUACACUCUCGGACGAUAUUGCCUAUAUCGAAGCCCAAGGCCAAGGUCUCCAGGUCCAGGCUGCAAACCAGAAGCUACUCAAGAAGGAAUUGGAGUCUUUGUUGGCUACAUGCGCCAUUAGCGAGUCGGAUCUCGCCGCUCUGAAGGUUGCGCCACUUGAGACUGCAACCGGCGUGGAGGAGAUUGAAUCAGCCCUUGUCGCAUUGUUCAAGGCCAUGACGAAGAUUGAUCCCGCAAUGGGUGCUAUUGAAGGACGCAGGAGCGAGGAUGGAAGCGGUGGCCAAGCCAUGGGCCUCAACAGCGACUAUGGAAACAUGCGCAUCGUUCAGGAGAAGAGGGAGAUGUACAUGGCAGAGAGCACCAUGUUCAUGCGCAGACUGACCGAGUUCAUGGCACGACGAUUCGAGGAUGCAUUCCGGGCCACCAAGAUGGCGUUGGAUAACGCGCUCUCGAAGAAGGUCGACCCUCGUAACCAUGAAGCUGGCAGGGAUAUCCUCUGGAUGUACAGUCCGCUUAUUCUUUACGCCAAGGAAGUCGAUGUUGCCAACUGGGACCGCAUUAUGCAGAUAUACCAAGACAUCAGCCAUCCGAUUUACAAGGCCGAGUUCAAGGAUGCGAUGGAUUCAUGGAAGAAGAACGCGAGGAAGAUGACGGGCGAAGAGACGGCCGAACUGCUAUUCACUUCAGGACAAGAUAAGAAGGACGAAGGCCUUGCUAACACGGCAAGAAAGCUUACCGUCAAGCGAAGUCAGACACUGGCGAGAACCCUCCGCUCACAGGUCGGUGAAGGAAAAGCCGGCACUGCUGUGGACAAGACUCUGGAUAGCAGGGCUCUCCCUUACGAAGCGUUUGCUGGCGUUCUGGACGAUCUUCUUCCCCUGGUGGAGAUGGAGCAAAACUUUGUCAUUGACUUUUUCCACGCCUCGACUCUGGAGCAGGUCGAUUUCCCCGAUCUCGUGGUUGCGUCCAGGCCUCAGGACCGUCGCGGAAACGAUCUCAAACGCCAUCGCAUGAUGGAACCGGAUCGUGAUCUGGCCCGCAGGAUCACCCGUGCCAUGGAGGUCAUCUUUAUGUUCUUUGAUAAGAACUUGCAGAACCUGAUGGACUGGGUGUUGAUGAUGGAUCCUUUACAAGGAGUUGGUGUUUUGGCCACGCUGGAGCGCAAGAUGGCCGAUAUCAGCCAAUCCAACCAAGACUACCUCAACACCGUUCUACAAAAGCUUCAUGGUAACCUCGAAGGCAAGUUCAAGAAGUUUGUCGACGAGCAGGUGCGCGCCAUCGAGGAGACCAAGGUCAAGAUCAAGAAGCGCAAGGGCGUCAUCCACUUCAUGCGCAUCUUCCCCCAGUUCUCUGCGGCUGUCGAGAACAUGCUCUCCUCUAGCGCUGCUGCCGUCGGCAACACCAUGGAAUCGCCCGUCUCUGCCAGCAACCUUACCGUCCGCCGCAUGAUCGACCGCGAGUACGACCGCAUCAUCAAGACCAUGUUCGAUUCGCUCAAGGUCAUUGCGCGCGAGAACCCAGCCGUGGCUCUCCCCGCCACCGGCGGCGGUGGCGGCGGCAACUCCAGCUUCCCAUCCUUCCCCGGAAGCAGCGCUGCCUCCAUGAUCAGCAGCGUCAACAUUAGCAGCUUGCGCGGCUCCUCGGGCGCCGACACGGAAGAGGACAAGGAAGCCCUCAACUUCCACAUCCUGCUCAUUGAAAACAUGAACCACUUCAUCGAGGAGGUCGACAACGCCAAGGGCCUCGAGGUGCUCGACGACUGGCGCGAGGCUGCCCAGCAGGAGCUUGCAGAGCACUUGAACCUCUACACCAACACUGUCAUGCGUAGACCGUUGGGUAAGCUGCUCGAGUACCUCGAGAAUGUCGAGGCUCAGCUGGCGGCCGGCAAGAACCCCGGCGCUGUGGCCGCGCAGACGAAUACCUCCAAGUCCGCGUUCAACAAAGUCUUGAGCGGGUAUGAUGGGAAGGAAGUCCGCAAGGGUAUUGAAACGCUGAGGAAGAGAGUGGAGAAGCACUUUGGCGGCGAUGAUGACGCCCCCGGUGGCGACGGCGCGAGCGCGAUUACUACUGGUAGCAACGGAUCUAGGGUGGUGGGUGGGGGUAACAGAGGUCUGGUGAUGAGGGUGUUGAAGGAGUGCGAGAGGUUCUACGGCGAGGUGGACAUAAGGGUGGCAAAGAUUACGACCGAGGUAUAUGGUGGUGAGGUGUUGUGGGAGUGGCCGAGAGCGGAGGUGAAGAGUGCGUUCAGUCAAGCGGGAAGGUGAGUGGGUGAGUUAGUUGAGAUGGUCAGGAGGAGAGAGGAAAUGUUGUCGUAGUUACCCGACGAAUCAUCUCGGGGUUUUGGAAUGCAUAUCAUAUAUAUUAUUAUUAUUAUUUGGCGUGUUGCCCGGCUUUGGUGUCUUAAGAGGGUACUCGAGGGGGCAUUAUAGGAGACCAUGAGGUGGAUUCAAAACACUCUAGUGUGACUUUGUAGACAAUAAUUGAUCAUGGAGUCGCAGCAAAGGAAGAAAUAGAGAUAAUGUAGGUAACUUGUAAUCAUGGUUGUUGAAG